AUGGAAAGCGAAAUGGCUGCUGGUCGAAAAAAUAUGGAUCGUAUGCGCAAGGAGAAAAUCGAUCAAGAAAAUGCCCUUGAACACGAGCAAGAGCUUUUGUUUAACACUCUCGGGAAGCAAAUGGAUCAAUUGAACCAAGAGAAAAGAAAGAUGCAGGCGAGCCUUCAAAAGGCCUAUUUGAAUGGUUUCAUCGAGCCUGAUGAUGAUGUUGUUGGUUCUCUUAUCAACCAAAGUGAAAACAAUGAGCGUGGCCCUAUGGAAAGCGGUAAUCGCAGCGGUUCUGAGGUUGCGAGGCUGCGUUCACACCUCAGGCGCGUGGAGCAUCAGUUGGCAGAGAUGCGAGAAAGAGACUCAAACAAAGCGGCUCAAAUUCGUCAGCUCGAAGAUGUUAUUAGCACCUUACGCAAAGAGAAAAACGAAAUGUCGCGAAAUAUUGAAGUGGCUGUAUCGAGGUUUUCGACAAAAAUGGAUUCCAUGACCUCGCUUAUCCGACCAGACCUGAUGGGGCCACCAUGCGUUCCUCAGCAUUCGUCUCGUCAUGCCGAUGGCAAUGUGUCCGAUAUGGAUGAUAGCAGUUCACGAGGAUCGCUAUCGCAAUCUGAUUUCAGUAUGAACUAG